UCUCCAUUAGGUGUGGACAGUUCGUAGGCAAUCUUCACCAUUUUCCUGUUCUCUGAGUCUUCGUCAGCAAACGACAGCAAACACGACACGCCCACCAACACUUUGCCUCAGAAAUGUUAUGUGCUGUUUGCUACGGAGUUUUGAGAGGACACCAGGGAAGUCAAUGGCGAGGGACCUUCGACCUACAUUUUGAUCACCAAACCGACGAACUUGGCUUGGAAAAUUCAGCCGCAGCCCCAGUAAAAUGUUGCAUAUGCAGAAGUCUUUCGAGUGAACUAGCAUUUGUCGGAAGGAAACAUUUGAAAAGAAAAAACACUCGUAUCAAAACCUUGAGCGGAGUCUACAAGUUCUUCGGCAGGUGGCUUUGGAGAGAAAAUUCUCAGCCGAAUACCGAUAAUGAGAAAGAUCGAGCUCCUUUCAUCAGCGCAUAUCUAUCUGAACUCCCGGAACUUGAGGGAAGAAUGCGAGAAGCAGGCACACUGAGAAAUAAGAUCUAUCGUCUCGACUUCAAGUUGCGGGACUCGCAGAGACUUGGAACAUUUGUUCUAGACCAGAUAGGAGAUUCAUCAGGAGGCACGCUUCACACACCCUUUUCCACGAACACAUCGUCAGAUGAGGUGCUUGAAGUGGCAAAAAGUUGGAUCAACCAAUGUACCAGCCCAGCACACCCCGACUGCUCGUCAGUGCCUUCUGCGAACGAAAUAUGGUACCCGAGCAGGUUGAUUGACCUCGGGAGUAUGAUUGAAAUACCUGGUCACAAAGUGGUUCGUGACGACCCACCGCAAAUCACGGAGAAUCCGGACAAGAGAAGAUCGGAGGACAGUCCAGAAGAUUCAGCGUAUAUUCGAUUGGUUUCGAAAGACGAAGAGCACAACAUGCAAGGGCUCUACGUGACUUUAAGUCAUCGCUGGGGUGGAGCUACCUUCGCGAAACUCACAGAAGAUAAAAUUGGCGAGUUCAAGCAAGGAAUUCUCCUGAAGAACUUGCCAAAGACCUUCGAAGACGCCAUACGCUUUGCACGGCGCUUAGGUAAUUACCCUGGUCAGGUGAGAUACAUCUGGAUUGAUUCUCUGUGCAUCAUCCAAGCUGCACAGCCAGACAAGCCAUCCGAUAUUCAGAAAGCGGACUGGCUAAGGGAGUCGGCACAGAUGCACUUGAUCUAUAACAAUUCGUACUGCAAUAUAUCAGCUACUGCUGCAACAGAUAGCACCACAGGGCUGUUUUCCCCGAGAGAACCUCACUUGUUGUGGGAGGAUGAGAUCAACCUCAACACUGAAGGGAUUCCGGGGUACACCCCUGAUGAGCUCAUACAAAGAUGCAAAAUAAUUGACCUAUCAUUCUGGGAACGAAACAUCGACAAUGCUCCAGUAAACAGGCGUGCAUGGGUGCUGCAGGAGAGGUGGAUGGCACCUAGAGUUCUCCACUUUUGCCAGGACCAAAUCGCAUGGGAGUGCCGACAUAUGAAUGCCUCGGAAUCGUUCCGUGAUGGCCUCGCCAGCUAUGGGUUGAGAGCAGGAGAAGUUGAACGUACAGAGAGGCUCAAGACUUGUGUUCCUCACGAUACUAAAAGCGGUCGUGCCGGCCAUUCUGCACCCAUCGAACGCAACCCUUUGUAUAGAUAUGACUCCUGGAAAAGCGUGGUAGAGAGGUACUCGAAGACAGGACUUACCAAUUCUGGCGACAAAUUGAUAGCACUAUCGGGAAUCGCGAAGUUGAUGUUUGGGAACGUCGAAUAUGUUGCAGGGUUGUGGCGUGAGUACCUUGAAAGUCAACUCCUCUGGAGCGUGGACCCUGUGUUCGAGCACGGCAAAUUCUCCUUCCCGUCGUCACGACCGCAAAAUUACCGAUCCCCAUCUUUCUCAUGGGCUGCCGUCGAUGCCAAGAGGGGUAUUACUUAUGGUGACUUUACGAAGGACAAUCUUCUUAUUACUAUUGAGAAGUUCGAAAUACUUCAGGACAAAGGUGCGGAUAAGUUUGGUCUGGUCAAGAAAGGAUGCUUCAUUGAGCUUUCUGGUGUCUUGAAGAAAAUCAUUCUGGAGAAAAGAGUCGAAGAGAGCGGAACUCGGUUCUGUUGGGAUUUGGCCGAAACUCAAUCGGAAAUGGCGCGAGGUUCUCGCAAGUCGGAAGACUUCUACAGUAAUGUUUACUUGGAUAGUCCCAACGACGACUGCGGUAGCGCACUUCCCCAAACCAGUACAAAUAUUCUCGGUCCAAGAGGGAGGAUGUACUGUUUACCGGCCAGAAAAGAUGAGAAAAGUUAUUUGAUCUGCCUCUUGCUGCAGAAAGAUCUGAAUAUAGAGGGACAAUACCGGAGAGUUGGGCUGACCAAGAUCCCCAGUUAUGAUGGGUUUGGUCAGAAGCGAGUGUAUGACUCGGAGGGGGCUCAAGAUACGCCUACGUCAAUUCGGCUUAUAUGAACAUCUCGGCGGUGUAAAGUGAAGUCGAAGUCGAAGUUGCCAAGAGAAGCCAGGUUCGGGCAUGAUUACACCCCUGUGCUAUAGACCGUCGUCCACCAAAGAGGUUCCGCUUUCUGGCGAUACGAAGUCAAGCACCACCUAGGUUGACUUUUAAUGGAUGCAAAUUAUGUGGAGAAAGGUCGCCAAGUCAGUAUUGAGACGCGAGAAACUAUAUAACUAUCAACCGAGACUAUUUGGGUACAGUAUGUGAGCCUCUUCAUGCAUGAGCUGUCGUUGUGCUGAUAAAUCGAUGUGGGGCGUGGGUAGCACGUACGAGUAACAGCAGAAGAAGCUAAACUGACUCCCGAACUUUAAAAAAAAGAGAAGGGUGUCACCAAAAUUGAUUUGGGCGCGGUAACUGCUACACAAGAUCCCGAGCAUUCUAAGAGGUGUUUUCAUCGAUGUCGUGGGAGGCUUCUACAAAGCCAGACCAAACUGGCAUGGGACGCUAAGGCUCGCGUAAUGGUCAAAACACAUUUGUUCCAGGUAGGCGAAUCAUUGAAGUGUUUGAAGCGAAACCUUUGUUAGAAUGAGCUUUGGGCAUGAGAUCUCUAUUGGCUGCACUUGUUUCGAUUCUAGUACUUGAAGAACAGCAUUGUUCCACAUGACGUGGCUCGCUUUGCGCCCCAUGUCCGGCCAACGACGUUGUGUUAUUUCCAUAAAUUCUGUAUCUUCAAGUAAAACGGCUGCAAUGCAUGAUUCCGACUCAGCGUAAAGUAUGGACUUGAUUUGUUAAGCAAUGAGGCCUAAUAGCAAAUUUGGAAGGCCUGGACGGUUGAGUGGGCAUCUGCUCACCAGAGCGGUGUAAACAACAUGGGUGGUUCCGAUGCCGGCUUCAAGGUACCACCAAAGUAAGUUUACAACGUGUCCGGAACUCUGAACUUUUGGAAAUGGACUUGUGACGUUUUCGUAUCGAGGCCGGAUGAGACGGGCAUGCAUGUACAGUAAAGACAAACCUAAUCAAGUCAAUUUAAGGUUUUGACAUGACAGAUGCGCCAAGACGUCUCCCUGUAAACUUUAUCGAGCAUCAUUACUCGGCAAGGCUGAAAGGCUGCCAUGAAUAUCAAUUCCAGCCUUGAAUUGUGAGGAGUAGAACUUGCGAGAGGCAGUAUACUGAAGAUCAAAGUUCAAAAGAGGCAGGUCUUUCAGCAACUUUGUAUUUCAGGGCUGGAGUCAUGAGAUUUCACGACACAGUCUCGUUUGCUAUCUUAUUUAGUUUGCCCAAAGUAACAGGCAUGGCAUCGUCAAAAUUUGCCAGGAAUCGGGUUUCGCCUUGCUCCUGGUUCCUGAUUCGAUGUUGGAGUUUGGAAUAUUCCAUUACAAGGAAGGAAGUGCUUAGCAGAACUUAUUUUCCAAACACCUGGUUCCGGGUAUCUUCUGCUUCGGUUGCUCUCAGACUCACCAUGACUUGUCACAUUUCUGCCAUAAGUCUACCCGUAUGAUUUGCAUGUUGGCUUUUGAAUAUUAUAGUGACUUCUCGGUAAUCUUGCUCUAAAUCAACAAGGAGACCGAGCUACUCUGACGAUUCUUGAGCAGGAUUCUUUACCUUGCAGUAGACACCAUGAUGAACGAGGACCACUGUUACUCAAAGCAUUGUAAACUUAAACCGCAACGAAGAGCCAUGUGAUCCACGACUUGAACACUUACUGUUCUGUUCUUACAAUAUGAUGUACACCAGAGUAGGAUUUCGAUUCAUGCCCGAAACAUAAACAACUCCUGGAUUGUCAGCGAAGCUCCACCCAAGCUGCGCCAAACCAUCUCAGAGCAAAGCCUUAAUCACGUAGCGAAAGUUAAUGUCUACCGCGAUAGUAAGGAAAUUGCAAGAUUAGCUUUCCUUGAUGCUAAAUAAGCGCUUGCAGCGCGAUGAGAUGAAAGUCUCUUCACUCGGUAACCACUGACGACUCAGAAUGGUUGAACGGAGGUUAUGCACGAAAACAGGGGUGCAAUGGCGCAGUAAGAAUAAACCAACCACGAUUAUGUGUCAAUUGGUGUCGAUGAUGGUCUAAUAUUCAAGGGGAAACUAGGUCUAUAUAUCUACAUCCAGAUCCCUAUAUCACAUGCGAUUUCCUUAUAUUCUAGGUAUCCGGAUUCCUCGGAUUAUUCCUCGGUAUAUUCCUCGG